UUGAGUUCAGCCUGCACUAAGCGAGGCAGCCUCGGGAAUCAGAAAUAGCAGUUUACAGUCUUGACAGUCUCCUGCAGGGAUGCAGCGAUACGAGUUCAGUUUCUGAGCUACAGUGGAGUUGCUUCCUGCUUUUUAAAACAGUGGAUACUGGACACCGGGGACUGUGAAUACUACCGUGUGGCCAGACACUGCAUGAAGAGCUAGGGCUGGAUAUGCCACAGGUGGAAAGGUGAGGAGCAGCAGGCUGUUGCCCGGUGCACGGAGCAGAGAUCCGCAGGUUGUGAAGAUGUGGAGCUGGCUUUUCACACUAGUUGUCCUGCUGACCUUCAUGAAACAGGCUGAAGCUCAGGGCAGGUGUAAUAAUGUGCAAGCAGCAGAUAUUGUUUUCCUGGUUGAUGGGUCUUCCAGUAUUGGCCGAGCUAACUUCCUGCAGGUGAAGGGUUUCAUAUCUGGAAUCAUCAAACCAUUUGCCGGCUCUGUCAGCGAGUCAGGGAUACGGUUUGGGGCCAUACAGUACAGUGACACCUCCAGGGUUGAAUUCACCUUUACUACCUACCUGAAUGGCACAGAAUUGGUCAAUGCCGUAGAAAAUCUAAACUAUAAAGGUGGAAACACACGCACUGGUGCUGGUCUCAAGUUUGUGGCUGACAACUUCUUCAACCCUUCAGCCAGUCGAGAUGUCCCAAAGAUCACUAUCCUGAUCACAGAUGGAAAGUCACAGGACAGUGUGCAAGAACCUGCACAGAAGCUGCGUAGUCAAGGAGUGCAUGUUUUUGCAGUUGGCAUAAAGAGCGCAGAUAAGAAUGAACUGGCUCAGAUAUCCUCUCAGCCCAGCAGUGACUUCACCUCCUUUGUUGGGGAUUUCAAAUUGCUGAACACACUUCUUCCUCUUGUGAGUCCCCGAGUGUGUUCAAAAGCAGGAGGAGUCUAUGCUAGUGAUGAGGCAUUUUCUGGUCCGUCCAACAUUCAGUUUACAGGGCAGAUGUCUGAUUCUCUCAGGUUUCGCUGGACUCCUGCAGGGGGGCCUGUGAGUGGCUAUGUAGUCCAGUAUGUGCCCCUCUCCGGCCUGGGUCAGCCUAUUACAGCAGAAUUGCGGCAGGAGACUGUCUCUGCUAGUCAGAGGACCUUCACUGCCCGAGAGCUGAGGUCAGGGACAGACUACCUGGUGACUAUCAUUGCCCAGUACCCCAACAGUGUGGGAGAGUCUUCUUCUGCCAAGCAACGAACCAGGUCCCUGCCCGGUGUCUCCAGUCUACGUCUGGUCCAGGCUGACUUCUUCUCUCUCACUGUCGGCUGGGAUCAGCCUUCAUCUCCUGUCCAGGGCUACAGACUCACCUAUGGACUAAGAGGUCAGCCAGCGGCUCAGCUAUUGGAGCAGUCUCUGUCUGCAGACUCCACAUCCGUCACCUUGGAGUCACUUCAGCCUGACACAGAAUACGUCAUCAGUCUCUACCCUCUGUUCCCCCGAAAUUCUGCAUCUCCAUCCGUCCUGAAUGCCCGCACAUUGCGGCUUGAGGCAGUAAAGCAGUUAUCAGUGGAGACGGAGUCAGAGGGCAGUGUUCGUCUGCGGUGGAGAGGCGUCAGUGGUGCUCGGACCUACCGUCUAGUCUGGGGACCAUUUCCAGGUCGAAAUUUUGAGACUGUGGAGGUUGCUGGCAACAGUGAGUUUCACACUUUGUCCAGACUGCAGCCUGACACUGAGUACAUCGUUACUAUCAUCCCACUGUAUGAAGGCAACACUGAGGGCCCUGUAGCCACUGCCAGGUUCAAGAUAGAGCGUCAGGAGCAGCAGGUCCUCAGAGCAGCUACCACCGGCCCCUCCACCAUCCGCCUCACCUGGAGAAUAAUUCAGUCCUCUCGAGGGUAUCGACUGGAGUGGAAGGAGGGUGAAGGAGGCCGUGUCCAGAGCCUGUCCUUUCCUACAAGCACCACCAGCUAUGAGUUAACUGGCCUCCGGCCCAACACAGAAUAUGUUAUCACCCUGUAUACCCUGUUCGAAGGUCGUGAGGAGGCCACACCUGUUUCCACCACAUCCAGAGAGGAACAGCCAGUGGGGAGGGUGUCCAACCUGAGAGUUGUGGAGUCUCUGGGCAGUACUGUCAGACUUGGCUGGAUAGGUGUAGCUGGGGCCACACAGUACCGCAUCAUUAUCCUGAACACAGACGCGGGCACUGAGGAAAUCCGAACUAUCCCCGGAAACCAAACAACCCUUGACCUCAGAGACCUGACAGUGGGAGUGUCGUAUGGUAUCAGUGUCACAGCGCUGGUGGGAGAAAAUGAAGGAGACCCAGUUACUGUCUACAUCAAACCAGAGCAAAGUGCUGGAAGAGUGACUAACCUCAGAGUGACAAAUGCGAACAGUCGGAGAAUUCGAAUUGCCUGGGGAGGUGUCACUGGGGCAACAGGGUACAGGGUUACUUGGAGACAAGGCAACAGUGCGGAACAGUCCCGUCUUCUGGGGGCGGAGGCCACAGCCUUCACUAUAGAUGGUCUGCAACCAGAUGAGGCGCUGGUAAUUGGUGUUGCAGCUGUUGUUGACCAACGCGUUGGAGAGGUGGUCACACUGUCAGCUCGGACUAAUCCCCACGGCGGAUCAGUAUCUGGACUUCGCAUCACUGAUGUCACAUCUCAGAGGAUACGCAUUUCAUGGUCACCUUCCCCAAGGGCAACUGGCUACAAGAUCACCUGGCGUAGUGAUAAUGGAGUUGAAACAACUCGUAACGUGGCAGCCGACGUCUUUUCCUUCACCAUUGAUGGACUGCAGGCAGAUUCAGCAUACAGUGUGCUAGUUUCUACACUGAGUGGCUCUCGAGAGGGAAGCCCUUCCACUCUGAACAUCAGAACAGAAUCCGAUCAGUCUGUGGUAGGAACUGUGACGUCAUUGCAAGUCCAAGAGACCCGUGGUGAGGUUGUCCGAGUCACUUGGGUUGGUGUGCAGGGAGCAACAGCUUAUCGUGUUUCUUGGCGGAGAACAGAUGGUGGUGAACAAAGGAGUCAGCUGGUUGGUGGAGAUGUGACAGCAGUGGAUUUAGACCGGCUGGACCCUGGAGCUCAAUAUGAGGUGCAGGUCAUGGCUUUAGUUCAAAACAGAGAGGGAAGCCCUGUGUCUGUCAGAAUCACCACACCUGGUACAUAUACCCCUUCUCCCUCCAUACCUACCACAACUUUACGAGUGGCGGAGGUUACUCAGAGCUCUGCACGGCUAGACUGGAUUCCACUACCACGUGCCACAGGAUAUAUUCUACGCUGGAGAGACGAGACAGAUGUUGGUCGAGGCUUGUCUGUUUCGCUGCCUGCUUCCUCCAGCUCUUACCAGGUGACUGGGCUACGUUUGGGCCGUCGAUAUCGCUUUAGUGUGCAGCCCACCUUUGAAAAUGGAUUGGGAACAGAGAGCUCUGUUAAUGAACGCACUGUGUGUGUGGGCGGGCGUCUGGAUGUGGUGUUUCUGGUGCCGGCAUCUACCGAUCGGAUCAGCCUCGCAAGACCUCUGCGUGAACUCCUCACAAGUGCAGCAGGGUCACUCAACACCAUUGGAACCCGUGACUCACAGGUGGGAGUUGUAGUGUACGGUUACAGACCCAAAAUAUGGUUCCUGCUCAGUCGCCAUGGCAGAUCUGACACACUGCUUCAAGAGAUCCAGUCCACACCCUUUGAUGAAAGCCCAGGGAAUAAUAUUGGUGAGGCAGUGACCUUCUCCAGACAGUACCUUCUGACCCCCUCAGCUGGACGAAGACCGAGGGUCCCUGGUGCUGUUGUCAUCAUCACUGACAGAAAAUCAGCUGACAACCUCACUCUCGCAGCCAGCAAUCUCAGAGCUACAGGUGUCACAGUGUUAGCAGUGGGUAUUGACCAGACAGAUACUGAGGAGCUACGUCGUGCUGUUACGGAUGGCAGCACCCAGAACAUCCUGUAUGGCCGUAGUGCAGCACAGCUGGACACGCUACAUACUGAUCUGGCAGACCUGCUCUGUGGAAUUGCCAGAAUACCAGAGGUAACUCCAGGUCCAGACCAGUGUGCAAUUCAGUGCCCUCGGGGUGAGAAAGGAGAUCGUGGAGAGAAGGGUGAGAGAGGGAGAGAUGGUGCAGAUGGGCGCAAGGGAGAGCCUGGUCGUGAUGGUUUGCCUGGGAGAGAUGGCCCCAGAGGCCCUGAAGGACGCCCAGGUUCACCAGGCCAAACUAUCCCGUUCCCUCCCACAGUGGGGGUGAAAGGAGAAAAGGGGGAAAGAGGUUUUCCUGGUAUUGAUGGAAAUCCAGGGUUGCCAGGGCGACCAGGUGCCCCUGGAACUGCAGGGGUCCCAGGUUCACAGGGCCUACCUGGUGUCAGAGGAGACCCAGGAGGACCAGGUACAACAGGGCCACAAGGGCCAAAGGGCGAUAGAGGUGAAAGGGGUGAACCAGGCUCAGCUAUAUCUGGAGGGGGUCUUCCGGGGAGGAAAGGAGAACCAGGCAUCCCAGGGAUACCGGGUACUCCAGGUCGGCCAGGCAGCGACGGGACUAAAGGGGCACCUGGACUUCCAGGGUCAUCAGGUCAGGAUGGUCGCCCAGGGAUACCAGGAACACCAGGACUCUCCAUCAAGGGAGACAAGGGCAGCUCAGGAGAGAGGGGACCUCCAGGAGUAGGCAGUGGGGUGGCUGUGAAGGGCGAGAAGGGCUCCUCAGGUACUCCAGGAGCUCCAGGGGUUCAAGGUCCUAGAGGGCCAACAGGACCUCAGGGCAGCAAAGGAGACAAGGGCGACGGUGCUGAUGGGCUGGCCGGACUUCCAGGCAGGCAAGGAGAGCCUGGGGACAGGGGUCCCCGUGGGCCUCCUGGAGAGAUUGGCACCAAGGGUGACCGAGGACAGCCAGGUGAAGCUGGAUCACAAGGAGACAGGGGCGAGAGAGGACCGGCUGGUGAAACUGGGGAGAGAGGGGACCCAGGGAAGCCAGGCCUCCAAGGAACACCAGGGUUGAGAGGUUUACCAGGGCCCAGUGGACUGCCAGGAGAAAAGGGAAAUGACGGAGCACGAGGGGAGCCUGGAAGAAGCACUCCAGGUUUGCCAGGAAAGAAAGGGGAACAGGGGGAGCGGGGUUUGUCUGGUUCCGAGGGGCAGAGGGGAGAAAAAGGAGAGCCUGGACAGAGAGGAGAGAAAGGGUCUUCAGGGUCAGGAGGGUCAGGUGUUGUUGGACCUAAAGGAGAGCCGGGAGAGCGAGGACUUGCUGGUAUCAGUGGAAGGCCAGGUGGCAAGGGAGACGCCGGUGAACCGGGGGAGAGGGGGGAGAAUGGGCGCCCAGGAAUCCCAGGAAAGCCCGGUCUUCCUGGGAAAGAGGGAGGGAGAGGAGAGAAGGGUGAUGAAGGCACUCCUGGGGAGUCUGGACUUCCAGGGAAACCAGGAGAAAGAGGACUGAGGGGACUGGCUGGUCAGCCAGGACGACCAGGAGAGAAAGGAGACAUGGGAGACCCUGGAGAGCAUGGAAGAAAUGGCAGCCCUGGACCUAUAGGACCAAGAGGAGACAAAGGAGAACAGGGACCUCAAGGGCCACCAGGGCCACCAGGGAAAGUGGCUGACAUCCCAGGCCAGCUGAGAGGGGAGAGAGGAGAGAAAGGCGAUGCCGGUGACCCAGGAGAGCAUGGCAGCAGAGGUCAGAAAGGCGAAGCAGGGACUCCCGGAGCCCCAGGCCUACGAGGUCCUGAGGGACAACGGGGGCCUGCAGGCACAAGAGGUGACACAGGAGAAAGAGGAGCACCUGGAGAGAAGGGAGAAAGGGGUGCAUCCGGGUUAGAUGGACGUCCAGGUCUGGAUGGUAAACCAGGUGCAGCUGGGCCACCUGGACAGAGGGGUGAUCCUGGGAAACAGGGGGACCCUGGGAGAGAUGGUUUACCAGGACUUAGAGGGGAACAGGGCCCGCCAGGGCCUGUUGGGCCUCCAGGCACUUCAGGGAUACCUGGUAAAGCAGGUGAAGAUGGCAAACCUGGGUCACCUGGCAAAGUGGGUGAGGAUGGAGUGCCAGGUGAAGAUGGGAGAAAGGGUGACAAAGGAGAAGCAGGAGCAGCUGGAAGAGAUGGCCGUGAUGGGCUGAAAGGAGAUCGGGGCCUUUCUGGGCCUGUAGGCCCCUCUGGUCCUCCAGGGUCACCUGGGGUACCUGGCGGAAUUGGUCCUCCUGGACAGGUUGUGUAUAUGAAAGGAGUUGCAGCAGCACCAAUCCCAGGCCCACAGGGGCCUCCAGGAACCCCUGGCGUCCCUGGGAUCCCGGGAGCUGUGGGAGGCAGAGGAGAGAGAGGCGCUCCUGGCCUGAAAGGUGACGCUGGUGACCCAGGAGAGGAUGGGGCGCCGGGCAAACCUGGGACAGCAGUGGAUGUACAGAAGGCUCUGGCCGGCCUUGGUAUUCAGCUGUCUGAUCUGAAGGUGGUUGUUCAAAGGACAAACACAGGACUACCUCUGGAGGCAGAGAGAGGUCAAAAAGGAGACAGGGGGGAACCAGGACAGAGAGGACCAUCUGGUGUAGAUGGUGCUCGUGGUCUUCCGGGAGAUAGGGGAGCCAAAGGUGAACAAGGGGAGCGAGGACCCGUUGGAGGAAUGGGGCCUCCUGGAAGAGCCAUUGGAGAACGAGGGCCAGAGGGGCCCCCAGGGCCUGCAGGAGAGCCAGGCAAGCCAGGGAUACCGGGUGUACCUGGGCGAGCUGGUGAACUAGGGGAGGUUGGAAGACCAGGAGAUAAGGGGGAGAGGGGAGAGAGAGGUGACAAAGGAGAAGCUGGAAAAAUCGGGUUAACAGGGCCAGCUGGUCCACCGGGUCAAAAGGGAGCAUCUGCUGAUUCGGUACUGACUGGCACGCCUGGGGUGAGAGGUCCUCCAGGGCUUGCAGGACAGAAGGGAGAACCUGGUGCAACAGGAGCCCCAGGAACCAAAGGAGACCAGGGUUUUAUGGGAUCUCGAGGUGAUAAAGGAGACAGAGGACAGUCUGGAGAAAAAGGACGUGAUGGGUCAUCGGGAUCACCAGGAGAACCAGGGAAACCUGGUCAGGAUGGGAAACCGGGCCUGCCUGGGUUCCCAGGAGUUCUAGGCAGACCGGGAAACCCAGGAGAGCCUGGCAUAAGAGGGCCAACAGGCCCCAUGGGUCCCAAUGGGCCUCCAGGUCCACCAGGUGUGAAGGGUAAUCAAGGAGAACCAGGUGUUGGUGUCCAGGGUCCUCCUGGUGCACAGGGGAGCACAGGUCUGCCAGGACCAGCAGGUCCUCCAGGAGCUGUAGGUCCACAAGGCCCUCCUGGACUGUCAGGGCAGGUGGGUGAAUCAGGUAAACCUGGAAUUCCUGGUAGAGAUGGGGUGCCUGGCAAAGAAGGAAUACCAGGAUUACCAGGAAAACAGGGUAUUACUGGACCUCCAGGCCAGUCAGGCUUAAAGGGGGAGCAGGGAGACAGCGGUCCUCCAGGAAAGGCAGUGGCUGGACCUCCUGGACUCAAAGGAGAAAAGGGUCUUCCUGGUCCAACACUACCAGGCACAACAGGAGAGAGAGGUCUACUUGGGGAAAAGGGUAACAGAGGAGACAAAGGUGCUGCUGGCAUCAAAGGAGAAAGAGGAGUGGAUGGUGAACCAGGAGACCCUGGAGAAGAUGGGGCACAAGGAUCUCCUGGGACAAAAGGAGAUAAGGGAGAGAAGGGCAUAGGAAUGGCAGGUCCUCCUGGUCGGGUUGGGCCUCAAGGUUUAAAAGGAGAUCCAGGCCUUCCUGGUCCAGCUGGUCCGCCAGGGCCACAGGGGAAGUCUGGUGAUGCUGGACAGCCUGGUCCGAGAGGAGAAACUGGACAACCGGGACCUCUAGGACCACAGGGGGAGAGGGGUCUCCAAGGCUUUGCAGGCCGUGCAGGAAAUGUUGGAGCUCCUGGUCCUCCUGGUCCUACUGGAGAAGCAGGCUCCCCUGGUACCAACGGGGUAAAAGGGGACAAGGGAGAAGUUGGUGUUGGUGUCCCUGGUCCCAGAGGAGAGAGAGGAGAUUCAGGGCCCAGAGGCGAGGAGGGUCGUGCUGGCUUGGAUGGGGAGAGAGGGCCAACAGGUCCCCCAGGGAGUCGUGGUGCUCGGGGAGAGAAGGGAGAUGUUGGACUGCAAGGUGACAAAGGAGAAAAGGGGGACACUGUGCUGGUUGGAGGGCCUAAUGGAGAAAAGGGCAACAAAGGAGAAACAGGUGACAGAGGGCCCCAAGGUGUUCAGGGAGAAAAAGGAGUGAAGGGUCAAGAGGGACCUCCAGGGGAGCAGGGAGAAGUGGGUCAACCUGGAGUACCUGGUGAAUCGGGUUCACCAGGAAAAGAUGGGCUGGCAGGGCAGAAGGGGGAGAAGGGAGAGAUAGGUAUCACAGGAAUAAAAGGAAGCAAGGGGGCACAGGGAUCUCCUGGGCCAAAAGGAGAUAAGGGAGAUAAGGGCAUCGGACCGGCAGGUCCUCCUGGUGAGGUUGGGCUUCAAGGUUUAAAAGGGGAACCAGGCCCUCAUGGUCCAGCUGGUCCUCCAGGGCCACAGGGGAAGUCUGGUGAUAUUGGGCAGCGUGGUCUGAGAGGAGAAACUGGACAACCAGGACCUCCAGGACCACAGGGGGAGAGGGGUCUCAAAGGUGUUGCAGGCCGUGAAGGAAAUGUUGGAGCUCCUGGUCCUCCUGGAAAAUCAGGGAAUGCCGGACAUCCUGGGGCUCCAGGGACCCCUGGAAAAGAGGGGCUUGUUGGUCCCAAGGGUGCCCGUGGUUCUAACGGGAUUGCAGGACUUAAAGGAGCUCAGGGAGAGAAAGGUGAAAGGAGUCAGCCUGGUGUACCUGGUCCUUGCGGUCCCCCAGGAGUGGAUGGGUCCCCUGGCUCAUCUGGCCCUCAGGGACCAGCUAGUACUAAAGGCCCGGAGGGAAUCCAGGGACAGAAGGGAGAGAGAGGGCCAUUUGGUCCCUCCUUGGUCGGUCCACGCGGUAUCCCAGGUAUCCCGGGAGAGAGAGGAGAGCAGGGAGAGAUGGGCCCAGAUGGAACCAAGGGAGACAGAGGAGAGCCAGGCAUGACGGAGGAUGAGAUCAGAGAUUUCAUUCACUCAGAGAUGAGUAAGCACUGUGAUUCAGACCCGGGCACUCGGUCACGGCCUAAGGCCAGGGUUCGGCGUGCACCGGAGCAGCAGCUGGUCCUGAAAGGCCAUGAGGUGCGUAUGGUGGUAUACACCAAUGACCCAGACUACGAGCACAUUUACUCCAUCGAGGCCUACGACGACCCAUUGGAUGAACUGCUCUUCUUCACUCCUUCUGCCAAUCAUAGUGACGCUCCAGCAGACCUGUGCCAGGUCUGGAAGAGAGGAGCUGUGGACAUUACACUCUGCGCUGGUACUAUAACAGUCAGGCUCAGGCCUGCGAAGAGGUCUGCCUUGGGGAGACUGAAGGUUCUCGUCCCUUGAAGGCAGCAUGAUGAUUGUGGCCAACAACAAUAUUUCAGCUUCAACAUUGUAAGAAAUCAUGUCUCUUCAGUCAGUUUGCAGGUUUUAUUGAAAGGAUUUUCUGCUUGUUGGCCAUGACUCCUCCUCCCUCUCAGUUGAUUUGCCCUGGUGGGACACACACUCACUCCAUCUAUCCAAUUCAGCAGGCCUCACACAGCUUCAUGGACACCUCAUUCCUCUCCCUCUACUUGACUUUAUAUGAAAAGUUAUCUCAGUCAGCAUCUUAUCAUGGUGUAGACUUGCAUGUGUUGGCAGAGGCUGUGUGUGACAGCUUUGACAAAUUAUGCACACUGUGGAAAGGACAAGAUCAUAACACACUGACUGAUUGUGGAUGUAAAGAUGAAUUGAUGGAAGUGGCUCAGGUGAUGGACAAAGACAGGCCGUUGUGCAAACUGCAACAACGUCCCCUAGACUGAAUAAUAAUGUUGGCACUGGUAUUUUUUAAUAUUCAGGUUUUCAGUAUGGAAAUUAGUUGAAGAAUGGUAUCAGAGUUACUUUACAAUUGGUGCUUGCUCCCAUUCAGCAACCAGGGCAUUAGUUAGGUGGGGCACUGAAGACUGGUGAUAUAGCCUGAUUCGCUCACUCCGCCUCACUCAGGCCAGUCAGGUUCUUUCACACACCAAAGUCAGAAAACCACUUAUUAUAAGGACUUUGCUUUGUGUACAUAUUCAUUGUCACACUGUAACAGGAAGGGGCCUUCCACAACUGUUGACACAAUCAAACUGCUUGAGUUGUUUAAAUAUUUCAUAUACAUUUUGGUUAGUUUAAUCUAUAACAGCGCAUCAUAUUUUGAAAUCUGGUUCUAUAUUUUUUUGUCAAAAUUUUAAUUUGAAAAGUGUUGUAACUAGUCAAUAAAGUUGCCAAAUAAAAUGUACCAUAUUUUCAAUUGAAAUGUAUUAUUGUAUAAUAUUAAGUAGCAAAAUGGAAACACAAG